GCUCAAAGUGCACCACACAUCACUCCAGUGAAACCAACCGUUCACUUUUGUUUUUGACUAGACAUUUUUGCGAAAAUGAAAUUUUUGGUUCUUAUUGUUGCCACCUUGGCCAUCGCUUCAGCCUCUGAAGAAAAGAAGGAAAAACGUGGAGUCCUUGGUCUUGGCUAUGGAGGAUAUGGUGGACUUGGCUAUGGAGGAUAUGGAGGUAUCGGUUACGGUGACUUGGGACAUGGACUUGCUUUGGGAGGACAUGGACUGGCUUUGGGAGGACAUGGACUAGCUUUGGAAGGACACGGACUGGAUUAUUCUUCCUAUUCUGCACCCAUAAUCACCAAAUCCUAUGCCGCUCCAAUCAUCUCUGCACCCAUCGUAAAAUCCUACUCCACUCCUAUUUUGUCAGCCCCUAUUAUCAAAUCCUACUCAGCUCCAAUUUCCUACUCUGCACCCAUCUUGACCAAGUCUUACGCCGCCCCAGUAUUGUCCGCCCCUCUGAUAAAGUCAUAUGCCGCUCCAAUUUCUUACGGAAGUGGUCUAUCCUUGGGGUACGGUGGAUAUGGAAAACUCAUCCACUAAGGUGUUGGAAGUGAUUUGUUUUUUGUAUUAUUUGUGCUGUACAUAAUAUUUUUGAAUGUUUUCAGUUGAUGAAUAAAAUAUUGUAUAUCG